AUGGCUUCGGGCCCCAUCCUGCGGCGAGCCGACGACACCGGGGGGGCAGGGGACGAGUGGAGCUCCCCCCAGGCCCCUUCCUCCUCCUCCUCCUCCUCCUCCGCCGCCCCUCCGCCCGCCGGGCCCCAGGGCUGCCCCGCGGCUGCCCCACGGCUGCCCCACGGCGUGGGGCCGGGCCGGGCCGGGCUGGCCCUGGCCGUGCUCUGCUUCAUCAACCUCCUCAACUACAUGGAUCGCUUCACGCUGGCCAGUGUCCUGCCGGAGGUUGAAGACUUCUUCGGCAUCGACGACAGCAGCUCAGGGCUGCUGCAGACAGCCUUCAUCGGCAGCUACCUGCUCCUGGCUCCUCUCUUCGGCUACCUGGGCGACCGCCGCAGCCGCAGGCAGCUGCUGGGGCUGGGCCUGGGGCUGUGGUCUGCAGUCACCCUGGGCAGCAGCUUCGUGCCCAGAGAGCGGUUCUGGGCCCUGCUGCUGGGCAGGGCCCUGGUGGGGGUGGGGGAGGCCUCCUACUCCACCAUUGCCCCCACCCUGAUCGCUGACCUCUACUGGGGACCCCCCCGCAGCAAGGCCCUGGGGGUCUUCUACAUGGCUGUGCCCCUGGGCAGUGGGUUGGGCUACAUCCUGGGGGCAAAGGUCAAGGAUGUGGCAAGCGAUUGGCGCUGGGCACUGAGG